UUUAGUUUCUUUUCUACCCCUUUAUAAAUAAUCUCAUAGCAUACAUUAUAUUAUUAUUAUUAUUAUUAAAAAAAAAUGUCUAGACAGACGAGACAGUAGCGUAUAUUCAUUCUUUUAGUUGUCGUUGUAUUCCAUGAUAUUAAACGACGGAAAAAGGCGAAGGCGAAGGCGAAGGCAAACGGAGGAAGUAGGUCGGAGAGAAUUCUCACUCCUCGAUGGAGACACGAGGAGCCACCGGCUGACUGCCAUCGUCAGUCUUGCCAAGAUAUCUCGGGAGUCAACAGGUGCGUCUUAGGGAGCCCCCGAUAUACACUGCUCCUACCUUUUCUUUAAGUUCUCGUUUUUUUUAUUCUUUUUUUUUUUUUGCAAUUUUUUUUUCUUACAUCUCACAUCACCUUCUUGCGUCCGUCGUUUCCUUUACACUUUUUAUAUUCGCAUUUCUUUUUUUUCUUUUCUUUUUUUUUUACCCCUUUGACCACAAAAUUUGACCGAACGAUAACGAAGGGUCAAUAACAAAAGCGACCAUGGUCGCUUAAAAAUAAAAAGAAUUUAUUUUCUUUUUUUGUUGUUGUAAAUUUUUUCUUAUUUCGUUUUUAAGUCGACGUUUGGUAUUUUUUUGGGGGAUAAUUGUAAAAUUGGGAAAGGGGUAGAAGGAGAGACGAAUUAAAAAAAAAAAGUAAUUCGCGUAAAUUCGUUCAACGUGGGAUCCCUUUACCAAAAUCUACAAACAGCAAGAUGUUCAAAGUAUCAUAUAUUCUAGUCUUAGCAACUUUGGUUAUCGGCAAUCUAGCGAUAGACUUACCAAAGCCUGGCUACGCUAGGACAGUUUUAAAAGUAUCGAGAAGUCUACCUGGUGAAACGGAGGAAUUAAAAAUUCGAACUAGCGAAGGUAAUUUGGCAACGUUGAUCGUAAAACGACGAGAAAAGUCAACGUCUUCGAGCGAUGAUGGAGAUGAUAAAAGAAUUGAAUCAACGAGUAUCGAUGCUAACAAAAACGUUAGCAGAGAUGACGAUAUUUCAUCGUUGAUGAAUGAAAAAAACAACGGAUCUGAUAGUGAACAAUUAGAUCAAAAAAGGAAGGAAGAUGUGAGAAAAUUGGAAGAUGCUCAAGUAGAAGAAAUUCGUGCGAAAUUUGUCAAAACCGAAGAAAUUGGAGAAGGAAUCACUGAGAAAUCAGACAAGUUGGAUAAAAUUGAAGAAAAAAGUACGACGAUUGGAUCAAUUGGCGAAAGGAAUAUUGAUUACGGUAAUUGGACACCGUUAGGUGAAGAUGGUAAAGCUUUGAAAUUCCGUGAAACCACCACCGAGGAAUACCACAGUUGGAAGCCUUUACCGGUUGCUGAUACAAAAUUGCCUGUUGAACAAGGAAGAUCAAAUUACGUUCGUUUCGGUGAUUCAACUUAUGCGAACAACGGAUUAAUAUUUAUAAGAAAUUUACAAGAUCGAGCACAGAGAAAUCUUCAUUUUGACGAUGACAAAAGUAAUCAGGCUACGCAGUAUUCUUACCUGCCUCAUCAACCACGUCAAUCGACCAGAACUAACAUUGGUGCAAAUUUGUCGAAAAACCGAGAUGCCAAAAACGUACCACCGGAAGUGAUCAUCAGAUCGGAAAUCAAUGUUAAGUCUCAUCCUAAGAGAUCACCAAUGUCAUUAGACAGCGAUGGUACUCCUAUAAUUCAUGGCAAACGUGUUCCCGAUGAACCCAUGGAUAAAAUUCAAACAUGGCGUAACGCUAGAAUCAUCAACAACAAACUUAUUACCGAAAGUACGAGUUCUAAUCCAGCGGAAUCUUCUUCUUCUUCUUCGAAUUAUUAUUCCCAGGAUAACGCAGCAGAAAGACAAAGAUUUGAAAGAUUCUUCAAGGAUAUCAAUCGCAGAUAUGGUAGAAAUUACGAGGACAAUGGUAGAAACGUAUUUUUCGAAUGGGAUCCAAAAAAUUAUAAGAAUGAAGCAUUAAACGCUGAAGUUUACGAAACGAGAAAUGACAACUAUCGUGCCAAUGUACAAAAACGAAUGUUACAUCCCGACAGUAUUGCCAAUUAUCCGAUAUCGCAACUUUACACACCGGAAAGUCAAAAGAUUUCGACAGUACCCGUGAAACCUGGAGUUAGAACACCCGUUUUACAGUAUGCUCAUCCCGAAUUGGGCGUUCAACCGGCUAAAAUCGUAAAGAAUGAAAAAAGACGACCAGAAAGUCAUAUGGACAAUUAUCAACACUCCAAUGGACACUAUUCAUUUAUGGAACAACGUCAAAAAAAGAAAUAUGUACUGAACGAUAAAAACAUAGUCGACACUUACACAACUAAAAAUUAUUAUCCUAAUCAACAUUUUUAUGGACUGAAAAGACCAAACGACGCACCAUUUUGGGUAAAAAUCUCUGAGAAUCUGAAGAAUCAAUUUUCCAGUGGUGUUGAAAAAGUCUCACAAUUUACCAAACCAGUGUUUGAUCCGUUGGUAGAGGCUACACACAAAAUAUCACAAAAUUUAGGGUUGUCCAAGGGUAAAGAGGCACAGGAUAAAAUUGGUACGGUAACUUCUGGAACGAGUAUACUCAUACCUGCACUUGGUUUGGUUGCAUCGGGUGCUGCUCUUGGAAUUGGUGCUGUUGCUGUAGGCAGAUACCUCGAUGUGGACGUUCUCAAAAGAUCCAACGAAGAUGGCGUAGAUCUAGAACACAAAAGAGCAUUGGAAAUUAAUCCUUCAUUCUUAGAAGUACUCGAGAAACAGGACAAAGAUAACAUUGAGUUCCAAUUACCACAAGAAUCAAGGGACAAUGGGGUCUUUUUGAUACUCGAACAAGAAAAACAAACUCCUGAAACUGUUGAAAAAGUUCAACGCAAUAGAAGAAGUCUAGAUUAUUUGGAUAUUUUUAACACCGAGGCUGACGUUAAGAGUCUUGAAAAGAGUAAAAGAUUACAAAGAAAAGGUGCAGAUUCGAUCACUGAAAUUGUAGAAAUCGAUUUACCCAAAGGAAAAGGUAACAUCGACGUAACCGAAUUUUUAAUUCCCAAACAAACUAACGAGGAAAAUAAAGAAAAGAAAAAAGAUGGGACAAUUUUGGUAAUAGGUGACGGUGGUACAAUUUCACAAGAAGAAAUUGGAAAAAAAGAUUUGGGUACCGAUAAAGAUUCAUUGACAAACGUUGCAAGGAUAAUCGAAGAUUCGAUUGAGAAAUCUAAAGAAGUGUCUACAGAUAAACAGGAAAAAAUAAGAAGAAAAAGAAAUACGGAGAGUGAUCAGGAAUUGGACGAUAUUUUACAAAAUUUAGAAAAUGCAGAAAUUGCUGAGAUCGCACACAUCGAUGGGGAUUGGACAAAUACGCCAUGUGCCAAGAGGAUAUUCUGUGAUACUAUGAUUCAAAAGGAUCCUGACGCUGCUAUCUUUAUGGAAAAGAAAAUGGCUAAAUUGUUGGGUCUAAUUCAACCUGGUGCAGCUAUGCAAGUAUCGAAUCAUUUCGAAGAAGUAAUGGACGCCAUCAGGAGGCACGAUUGUUCAAGAUUUCUUUGUCCACAAGCCAGACCCGGAAAUGUUUUCUUCUGAUCAUCAUCCCUUCGUCAUCGUCAUUAUUAUCAUAAUCAUCAUUAUCAUCAAAACAGGAGAAUAAUUUUCUUGUUAUAUUUUUUUUUUCUUAGUCACAUCGAAGAAGAUCUCGAAUGAUCUAAUUUUUUGUACAUAAUUGCCAUCAUUGAGGCGAAAUUUGUUUAAUUUAAUGAAUAAUACAUUUACAUGCACGUUUAAUUAUAAUUUAAUUCUAGAAACUUUUUCAAUGGCAAAGCAAAAUAAUCAAUUUAAUAUCGUGAAUUCAACGAAAGUACGAUUACGUUAAUUUUAUUAAACUCGAAUGAUUGCGCUUUCUGCGAACGCACGAUUUAAAAGAACGCGCCGAUCUCUUUUGAUCUCUUUGUUUGAUUCAUAUUCGAGAUUAGAAGAGAUAGAUAGCGUUUAAUAGCGUCCAAUUUAAUCAUAACGUGUCUUGCAAUGAAAAGCUAUAGUAAUUUGAUUUGUAUGUAAUUACGUUUACUUUAUAAGUUACAUAUUGUAUAUCAUAUUUAUUCCAUAACCCGUGUGAUUUAUUCAAAAUAACACGGGCUCGUAUUAUAUGCAAAACGCCAAUGAAUAAAUAAUAUUUUUUAC